AUGGGCGACGUUGAGCUGGCGACCUGGUCGGAUGGUUAUGAGCCACUGGCCCCUUGGUUGAAGCGGCUAGACCCAGCGAAUGACUGGUCUCCAUGGAAGGGCGCCGAGCUUCAGAUGAACGCUCGUGCCGUGGAAGCGUCGCAGAAUGCUUUGAGUCACGUGGGUGCUGGCGCCAGCGAGAGCAGGCGCGGCAUAUUCUCCGCCCUCUCCCAGCUCACCUGCAAGGAGGCGCGUGUGAAGAACUGGAUGGACUCAGCAACCUGGAACGACCUCGCAAGACAGUUCACUGCAUGCCUCGCAUGUGGCUUGGGAACACUCCUCAUGUGUCAUGCGACGAGCAUGAUGAGCUCCCUCGAGGCGGUUUGGGUGGAGCCGAAAGCCUUCGGAGCCAAAGGAAGAAGUCCAAAGCCAUCAGAUCAAAGGUGCUUUCUGAACGCCACCCUGCUGCUGGGAGAAGAGAGCUUCUACAGCUUCAUGCCCUUUGAGCUGGAUCAAGUGGAUCAUCUCAAGAAAACUGUUAGAGCUGGUUUGGAAGAUGCAUUUGCGGUGGGGAUUGGUUUGUCACAGUUGCCAUCGUCGUCAAGCUGUUUGCUGAACCAUCGGGUGGGCUACUGCGAUGCCAAUGGCAUCAACCUCUUUCACGAGUCGGUGCGGGUUCAGGUGGUGUUGAGCCCGGUGGAGUCGCAGAGCCUCCAGUUGGAAUCCCCAAGCCUGUGGACCCUCUCGCUGGUCCUGGUGGUGGCUUUUGCCAACUCCCGCUACGUCACCAAGUUGCAGGCCUUCCUCGUGUGGCCUCUGGCCUUGCUGGGCUUACUGCUGUGCAGCGUGCACGCAGCGCGCACGCUGGUCGACCUGGGCAACUGUCGUGCCAUCUCCGAGCACCAUCCAGUCACGUGGUUGGCCGCUGCCCCGCUGGGCAACAGGUCUGCGCCCUCCGCUGCUGCGGAGCGUGUGGCCGAGUACUGCUGGGUUCCUCCGCUGCCCAACCUGCACGGCCCGAGCGCGGCACGCGCGGGCGCAAUGGUGGAGAAGGAGCCUGUGGCCGACUUUCUCUCGCGGCAGGGCAUUGACAUCAAUAUGACUCUUCUGAUCCGGGACGUGUGGAUCACCUGGAUGGAGUCUGCCACCUUCAGCUUCCGCUUUGAGAAUCACACGAAGGUCUCCUCCUACUGCGAGGUGCUUCAGAUGCCCACGAUGUCCCACUGCCUGCGCUGGAUGAACAGCAGCGAGUUGGGCAACUCGAUCAGCUGUCAUGCCACCUUGGCCAAAAACCGGCUGGGCCCAGCCUGGAUGAUGUCCUUGCACUGCAAGCGAGCGGCGCAGAAUUGGAAAGCCUGGCGGAAGCCGGGCGCUCGCGGCUGGGACCAUGGCGAAACGGGACGUGAAACGGGAGACUGGGGGACGGUGAUCGGAGCAGAAGCAGAUGGGGCAUUGCUGGUCUCCAGCUCUGCAAUGUUCAAGCGUGACAUGAGAGAUGUCAUGGAGGAGGAAUUUCCAGACCUCAAAGGUCUGGGUGACAAGCUGGCUGAUGCAGCAAAAGGUGCCAAGGAUGUGAUGCAACAUGGGCAGGAGGCUGUCGAAGGUCUCAAGGAUUUGGCCCUGGGGACCUUUGAAGCUGGUGCCCAGCAAGUGAACCAGACCUUAAAGCACGUGGGCGCGGAGCUGCAGAAGAUGAACCGCACCGCGCAGCAGGAAAUCCAAGAGGUGGACCGCGAGGUUCAGGAAGCCCGCGACAAGUGCAGUGUCUUUACCUCGGGUGCCUCGAAGGUGGUGAAGAAGGUGGAGCCUCUGUUUGAUCAGGUGGUGGAGAAGUUGAAAGCGGUCAGCCAGAUGGCCAAGGAGGUUCUGUCCAAGCUCAACCAGGGGAAGGCGGCAGGAACCUUGGACAAGAGCAUGGGCGUGGUAAUCGACCAAGCCAACGUUUGGAAGUCUGCCAUGGAGGGCUUGGAGAAAAAGCUGCAGGAGGUGAACGAGCUAUUGGCCUCGAGGAGCAAGCCCAGCCACAACACAUCCAAGGCCACCAGUGUGUCGCUGCUGGGCCUGGAGAUCUUCCCUGAGGAGGAAUUGUCCGAUGCCUUGCGGGGGCCCGUGGGGCAGUUGAGCUCGGCGGCCGAGGCCUUGCGAGGAAUGGCCACGCAGACGGAGGAGGCCAUGGCCGGUUUCGUGGACGGUGCCCUGGAGGCCGCCAAGGGGAAGGUGCCUGGAGAUCUCAUGGGCAACGUCUCCAGCAUCUUGCGUGGCGUGCAGGCGGAAGCGACGCUGGAGCUGCAGCCCUUCGGAGAGAUUGGGCAACAGAUGGUGGAUGGCCUCAAGAAGGCUGCCUCCGACGCGGGUCUCGACUUCAGCGCUGCCAGCAGCGUGAUGCUCUUGGGUUUUGCCACGCUGCUGAGCUGGCAAGAGUUGCCACACUGGGUGGCCUCUGCAUCACGCGCGGACUGGCGGACUGGAUGUGACAGCGCUUCAAGUGAACUGCAAUCGAGUGCCAGUGAGGAGCUGGUGGAGAAAGAUGGAGCUGGAAGGAAAGGGGGGCAAAGCCAUGAAAGGGCGGACCAGCCCCACUUGUCGGAUCGGCAGCGGCUGCAGCAGUUGCUUCGGAUCAGCGAGUCUUGGCAGCUGAAGCUGCUGCAGAGCCGCGGCUGCCGCGCGCGGAUCAGUGGUCAGAAUUUCGCUCUGCGCCCACCAAGCUUAGGCGAAGACGUGCCUGGGGGCGAGAAAGCCUUGGAACGGCACUUGCUGCUGCUGGCUCAGCACAUGUGGGAGACAGAGGUCCUGGAUGAUCUGCUGCAUUUGCACUACAAGGUUCCAGGCGUCUCCGUUGCCGCGCGGCCUUCGGCCGUGGAGCUCCAUGGCACCCAGGAGAGCUAUCUGCAGCCGAGCUUCGUAGGCUGCGUGGCCCGCAUCUUCCACGGCUGCGCUGAAAGGGUGGCGUCGGCCACCCUGACGCACUUCCGGAGUCUCUGCCAGGCCACCUGCGCUCUGCUGAUGUUCUUGGGGUAUGUGAGAAUGCUGGCCAUCCGCAUUGGUUGCUUCCGAUGGUGUCGGGAGCAUUGGCCAUCGCCGGAACCUGAUUCCACUCGCCUUUACCACUUCUACCAGUGCAUGCAGAGGCUGAAAGAGAGGGUUCAGCAAGCUCUGGGGUUUCUGAACACGCGUGUGGGAGUGGGGCUUUUGAUGGCCUCGCUUCUACAGGUGGGCUUCACCGUUCUGGCCAACGAGCUUGCGAUGGGCUGGAUCUCAGAGGGCAACGGCGUGCGGAUGGCCGAAUGGAUGAAGCUAUACCCUUUGUCGAUGAUCGACGGGCUGAUGAUCCUAUCGAUUUGGCUUCAGCUCGCGGUCUUUCUCCUUGCGGUGUGCUACAACUGCAUCCUCCAUGUUCAUCUGCGUUCCCAGAUCUUAGCCCUGCCGCGCCAUGUGCUUUUUGGCCCCGAGCGGGUGAUCCCAGAGUCAUACCAAGGGCCGGACUUGAAUGAGUUGAAGCGCAUGGGCAAAACCAGUCUGGUGUAUGCCAUGUACUUCCCUGGCAUUGUUUUCUGGCACUUCUUCUAUGCUUCUUGGAUCCUGGUCUUGGUGUUCUCCUUUGCCCUGGGCUGCUUGAUCCUCGUGGGCCAGCCGGGAGAAGUGCGCAGCGUCCACGCGCAACGGAUCUGGCCUGUGCUGACUUAUGGCGCGUUUUUGGGCACAGUGCUGCUGGCACACUUUGUUACGAGGCUCUUCACUCAGCGGUGUUUGCUUCAUCAGCACGGGCAAGGCAUCCGCAUCAGAUGUCUAUGCCUUUUCACCUGGUAUGAGGUGAUGCUCUUCCUGUUGUCCUUUGCUGUGGGGCCGACCGCGGCACUGUGGGAUUACCUGAAAGGCUUCAUUUGCACUGUCCUGGCCUCUUUGGUGAUUCAGAAGCCCAACUUCACCCAGUUUGGAGAGCUCUCGGACUAUGUCUACUGCACCUACUGCGCUGCUCUCUUGUUGGAGCGCAUGGACCGAGACCGGAAGGAUGACUCUCCCAGGCACCGCCAGCAUGAAGCUGAGCUGCACAGCUGUCAGGACCUGCAGCAGAACUGUGACCGUUGGGACUCCAAAGAUGAGCCCAGCUUGCUUGAUAGCAGUUACGAGUCCAAAGUGGCUUGCUUACGACGCACCGUCGUGUUCUGGCUCCUGUUCUUAGGCGUCCCCCUGGCCGCAGCGGCCACGGUGGGCCGAGCUAGCUACGUACUUGGCUACAGCUGCCCCAAGUUUCUAAAGGCGGUUUUGCCCUUCAGCAAGUGUGCGUCCGAGAUGAAAAAGGACGUGUGCUGUCCUUGGCGCUGGGCCGAGUUUUAUUGUUGGGCGGGACAGGUGUUUUGGGGGCGGAUCCAUCGAGGUGGUGAAGGAGCAAGCCGCGGCCGAACGAGGGUCAUCCCAGUUCCAUGGCCAGGUAUCACCAGGGCAGCUCCGUCUCGCCAGGCCGUCUCGCCAGAACCUCCAUCUCGCCAGGCCGUCCCCGAGGAGAUGACCAGCCAUGUGACCAGCCCAGACUCGAUUGACUGGCGGAAGCUCCGUCGACCACCGUGA